AUGCUAAGGGAGCUCCGCGCGCUGCAAGAACGACCGCGUCGGAGGCCCGCGAAGAGUAUAGUCUUCUUCGCCCAUGUCCACAGUGUCGAAGGCAUUCUCGGCGACGACUUUUGUGUACACGGACGACGAUUCGACUAUGGCCAACCCGUUCCUCGGAUGACGAACGCGAGACGAUUGCACCUCAAACCUGGCGAGGUAGUGGUGGUAGUCACCCGGAGGAUGGAGUGUAACGUUGGCGCUAUACUAGCAUGCUCGCGCCCUUCCCGCGAUGUCGCCCUCGUCACCCAAGUCCUCAUUCAACCGCAAGUUCUCGUUUAUCCUGAAGCAACGCAUCGCCUCCCGUCGAACAAGGACCGUACCGCCAGAGGGCUACAAUCAACAACGCGCCGCCGCUGCUGCACACCCGCGAGACGAGAGCGAGUUCAGUUCGUGGAGCAAGUGACUGUUAGCCAUCCCACGAGCGAGGCGGUAGCUGGGUUCACGCGGGUCAUUGCACUCUGCUUGAUGGACUCGCGAAGCAAUGGAUCGCCGUCCGGUGAGCGGCGUGAUCGCGUCUACAAGAUACGACUAGGCCGUCGAGUGUUGGCUUGUAACCAGGUCUCUGUCGGUUCUCGUGUUCUCGUCCCUGUCGGAGGAGCUCCGCGGCAAGUACAACGCGUGUUCCCCUCGCAUCCUUUGCUCGAGGGCGAUUACCAUCGCAUCGGGCGCGGCAAGUACAAGAGUCGGGAUGGCAAGGUCACCCAAGUCUACAGGAAGAAAUGGGUCACUAGCCGCUCGCUUGUUUCAAUUACGCGCUGCCCGCCCGCUGUCAGCAAGCACUACGAUACCAAAUUCACUCAUGAAGCCCGAAUCAACUCCUGUCUUUUCAGCCUCCCGCCACCUUCGCCACCGCUACCACCCACCCUCGCUCGCCCUCCUGCUCAGUGCCGACCGCGGCUCCGAAAGUUCAACAUGUCACGUGCCCCCAUCCAGGCGCUGAGGCAACGUAUCGACGUCCGGCGAGCGGCGCCAUGA